CCGCCGUCAUGCUCGCUGCCACCGCGGGCAUGGCAUACACCUCGGGUCUUGCUGCAGCCCUCUCGCCAUGUGUUGUCGUCCUCAUUCCGCUGGUCCUCUUCCGCUUCUCUGGUCACAUCGCUUCCAAGCCGCUGCUCCCGUCGCACACAAAGCACGGCGCCCGCCCGUCGCUGCAGCUUGUCGCCGAUCUCGCCGGCUUUGCUCUAGGCUUUCUGACCGCGUACGUGGCCUUUGCCUCGGCUGUUGCGUACGCGCUCACCUCGUCGGCGGCAGGUGGCGUGACCGCAGCCAUGGGCAUGAUCUUUGCGGUCUCGGGCGCGCUCUCGCUCGCGGAUCGCAUGCAGCCGCUCGAUGUGCCGCUGCUCUCAUGGCCGCCGGCGGUCGGCGUCGCCUUUGCCGCCCUCGUCUCCAUCAACCCAUGCACCAUUCCGUUCCUCGCCGUCGUCAUCUCGUAUUCGGCCCGGUCAGCGGCCGUGGCGCUCGUCGCCUUUGGCUGCGGCCUUCUCACCCCGGCCAUCACGUGUGCGCUCAUGGGCUCGGGCGUCGUUGCUCUCGUCAAGCGCCACGGUGCUGCUCUCCACUAUCUCAACCGCGCCAUGUCGGCCGUUCUCAUCGCCGCUGGCGGCUGGCUUGUCUCCUCGGUCCACACGUACUCGACACUCGAGGCCGCCAUCGUUGCUGCUGCUGCUCCCGUCGUCGCUGCUUUCGUCCUCUCCGCCUUUGCCGCCGAUCUUCCACCAAACACUGGCCUCUACCGCGACGCCAAGCCGCUGUUGGUCCUUCUGGCCGGCGCGACUGUCGUCGUCUUCUGCGGCCUCGUGGCCGUCGCCUCGCCUCCCCUCGGCCUUGCCUCCCACAACUCGAUGCUCCACGCUGCGCUCACUGUCAACGACGCAGCCGAGAGCUCGACAUCGCCUGGCGGUGGCUGCAUCGAUCUCUCACUCCUGCCAUCCUGCACGCCGUGCGCCGUCAUCCGCAUCGCCGCCCUUGCCGCCACCGCCGUCCUCACCCUCCUCGUCUACGCGCUCCACGUUGUCCAUCGCGGGACACACGACCUAGUCGUCGCUCACACCAUGGCCCACACUACCAAGUGGUACGCCAUGACGGCGGCAGUCAUGCUUGGGACGGUCCUUCUCUCGCUCCUUGGUUCGACGCCCAACGCGUUCAAUCGGUUCAACGACGCCCUCAAGGCCAAUGGCUACUCCGACUCGUACGUCAAUCUGGUGGCCUCGUGGGGCCUCGUCGCUGUCAACCUCAACUUUGUCAUGGGCGCUCUCAAGGACCACAUCGGCGGACGCAAGGGCUUCCUCAUUACUGCUGCACUCGGCACUGUUCUUGGUGCCGGUGGCUACAUGAUCAUGUCGCUGGUCACCUCCACCAAGGCCGGCCCGCUCCUCUGCUUUGCCUUUUUCCUCGUCGGCCUCGGCAACGGCGCCUGCUUCAUCGUCGCCAUGUCGGUCGGCGUCUCGCUCUCGCCCACGGGCUCAGGCCCGUCGGUGGCGCUUGUCGGCGCGGCCAUGGGCCUCUCCGUUGCCUUUACCGUCAACUCGGUCAACGUUUACGGCGAUGCGGGUGGGUGCGCCGGCGAUCACUGCUGGGCCUCGUGGAUGCGCCUGCUGGCCCUCUUCUGCCUCGCCAACUACCCGCAUCUCCUCUCUGUUGAAGACCGCGAGACCGAGAGCCUGGUGGCAAAGGGCGAUGUCGGUCCGCCAGGCGUCGGCGGUGACGACUUUGCCUCGGUCCCGCUCGACAUCAACUCGGCUGAUGCCGCGCCGAUUUCCGCCCCCUCGAAGCCCUACGUCUCGCCGUCGUAUGUCCACGAGCCGAUUUCAUUUCUCGAGGCGCUCGUUGUUCUUAAGCACCCGUACUACCUCUUCCUGUUUGCCGUCGAGUUUAUCGGCUUCUUCUCGGCCAUUUUCAUCCUCACCCAGGCCUCGCAGAUCUGGGACGACUUUGCCCCGCACGGCUCGUCCGAGCUGGGCGGCCAGAUUCUCUCGGUCUUUUCGUACUUUAACGUCGUCGCCGCCCUCGCCGCCGGCUCAGCCAACGAGAUCUUGUCGCGCCGCCGCAUUUGCCGGACCGCCACCUUUGCCGGCAUCACCUUUGUCAUCUGGGGCGCGCUCUUUAUCUUUGGCGGCAUUCUCGCCGCUACCACAGGCAACGCGCCGUCCAAGGCUGUCCAGGUCAUAUUCUUCCUCGUUCUCACCUCAGACGCUGUCCUCUUCGGCGCGAUGCUCGUCCUCUUCCCCACCAUCCUUGCCGAAGAAUACGGCUACGUGGCCUUUGCCAAGAUCUUCGGCCUCCUCAACCUCUCGCCGGCGGCGGCCUCAUUCAUUGCGCCGCAGCUGACAGGCGCCAUCUCCAAGGCCGCCGGCUCGUACAACUCGCUCUUCUUUGCCAUCGGCGCUCUCAUGGCUCUCGGUGGCAUCGGCCUCAUCUUUUUCCGCAACACCAAGCCGCUCAACUACAUGGCGUCGACCCGCGCCCGCCUUGCCUCGCUCAACGCCAAGGCGUAA